CGGAUGCGAGCGGACGUCAGCGUCAUCGCGGUACAGUCACACACACAAUGCAACACGUAACUUAUAUUCUAGUGCUACUCUUGGGUACCGCAGCUGCUUAUAAGAAUGUAACAAAGGAGUUCGUCGUACCUUUAGAUCAUUUCGGCUUCCAGCGCAAUGAGACAUUCAAAAUAAGGUAUAUUGAAAGUGACGAGUACUGGAACAGGGGGAAUGGACCCAUAUUCUUCUACACCGGAAAUGAGGGUCAAAUCGAAGAAUUCGCCAAACACACCGGCUUUAUGUGGGAAAUUGCGAGAGAAUUUGAAGCCAAAAUUGUCUUCGCAGAACACAGGUACUACGGAAAGUCAAUGCCAUUCGGAGACAAGUCACUGGACAACGAGCACAUCGGCUACCUAACUUCGGCUCAGGCCCUCGCAGACUACGCUCAGUUGGUUAACUUCCUUCAAGGCGGCAAAAGCUUGAAACCCAAAUAUCCAGUCAUCGCUUUUGGUGGUUCGUAUGGGGGGAUGUUGGCGGCGUACUUCCGUAUGAAGUACCCUCACCUGGUGACGGGUGCCAUCGCGGCCUCGGCACCUGUCCACAUGUUCUCCGGUAUGGUGCCAUGCGAAGUCUUUCACAGGAUUGUUACUUCCAGCUUCAAUGUCGCCAGUAAAGUCUGCAGGGAUAAUAUAAGACAGUCCUGGAGUGUAUUGAGAACUUUCGUAGCGAACAAAACAAACGCGGACUGGUUGAAGAAGCAAUGGAACUUGUGCGUAGCGGUAAAUGACAGCAAGGAAGAUGUGCAGGACCUGGUGGACUACCUUCAGACGAUGUACGAAACUCUCGCCAUGGUCAACUACCCCUUCGCUACAGACUUCCUCCUACCCCUGCCGGCCAAUCCCGUGCGUUCCGUUUGCCAGUAUCUAAGCCAGAAACUAACCGGACAAAAACUUCUGGAGGGCAUUGGUAAAGUGUUGCAAGUAUACUCAAACUACAAUGGUAAAGGUGACUGCGUUGACUACAAAAAUACAGACUAUGGCAACCUCAACGCCAGCGGCUGGGACUACCAAGCUUGCACCGAGAUGGUGAUGCCGAUGUGUACGAACGGUGUCGAUGACAUGUUUGAGCCGAGGCCCUGGAACUACACGCAGUUCUCCGAGGACUGCCACAAGAAGUACAAGGUGUAUCCACGCCCCGACGCCGCCUGGUUGGAGUACGGCGGUGACCGUCUGCAGGCCGCGUCUAACAUCAUCUUCAGUAACGGCCUCUUGGAUCCCUGGGCUGGAGGUGGCCUUCUUAGCAGUAUCAGUGAUACGAUCAAAGCUGUGGUGAUGAUUGACACUGCUCAUCAUCUCGACUUGAUGCCUAAAAACCCUAACGAUCCAGAGUCUGUCAAGAUGGCGCGCCAGGAACACAAACGUAAUAUAGAACAAUGGAUACGUAAUUUCAGACUUAACAACGCUUAAUGAGAGAGAUA